UCAGUCUGGUAUAAAGGGAAUAACAUGGUGUCCCAGAGGCUGUUUAUGUUUACUUAAAGAACACGUUCAAGUGGGGCGUAUUUCUAGACAGAGAGAAUUUUUUUUAUAUCGUUUGAGUUUUUUUACACUUAUUUUAUUUUCAUGUUCAGAUUUACUUGCUUAGUGGCAUGUAAAUCAGCUACUUUACUAAUGUGCCAGUCUUACAAAUGGAAAGGGGGCUUCACUUUGGAAGCGUGAGCAUUACCCUGGUGCUCCUGCUGCUGCUGCUGAAAGCGCUCAUAGGUUUCGGGACUUCGGAAGCUCAGGGCUCCGCCACCGGACUGGAGCCGGGGUCCGACAGCCGGGGUUCGGCGGCGACCUCGGGAGAACAUGGUCCCACCGCGGCCGUGGAGGACGUCUGCAUGGAGAACACGGGCAGCGCGGUCACUGGAGCUGACGUUACGGUGGAGGACGAUGAGAACUGGUCUGCAGGGGAGGCCGAAGAAUCCCGCGGAGAAAGUGACGGAAAUGUUCGACUUACGAGGUCACUCGUGAUCAUCAGCACCCUGGACGGGCGGAUCUCGGCGCUGGAUCCUCACAACCAGGGCAGGAAGCAGUGGGACCUGGACGUGGGCUCAGGGUGCCUGGUGUCCUCCAGCCUCAGCAAACCUGAGGUGUUUGGCAAUAAGAUGGUCAUACCUUCGCUUGACGGUGCCUUGUUCCAGUGGAACCGGGACAGGGAGAGUAUGGAGGCUGUGCCUUUCAGUGUUGAGUCGCUGCUCGAGUCAUCCUACCGCAUCGGAGAGGACACCGUUCUGGUCGGGGGCAAGUCCCUCACUACUUAUGGUCUGGGGGCCUACAGUGGCAAGCUCCGGUACAUUUGCUCUGCGGGAGGCUGCAGUCGGUGGGGGGACGAAGAGAUGGAGACGGAGGACAUUCUCCUGCUGCAGAGGACUCAGAAGACAGUACGAGCCAUCAGGCCUCGAUCAGGAAUGGAGAAGUGGAACUUCAGUGUUGGGAGCUUUGAGCUCAAACUGGUCCCUGAGAAACAGUCCGGAAUGAACUUUCUGGAGGGAGACUUGGCGAACGAUGACUCCUGGAAGGAAAGCCAGCGAGUCAUCAUCGAUGAACCAAAGGAGAGGGAGCACAUGGACAACAAGCAGAACCAAAACCAACAUUUGAACCUCGUCAUCAAAGUGUCUGUUCCCGAUUGGAAGGUCAUGGCCUUCAGCACCGAGUCCAGCGAACAGCUGGUCUGGGAACAUCAGUUCUGUACACCCAUCGCCUCCGCCUGGCUGGUGGGUGGGGGUAAAGUCACACCGAUCAGCCUGUUUGACGACACCACCUACAACAGCCGAUCAGAAUCUAAAGAGGACGAUGAGGAGGAGUCCAAUAAAGCCCGGAGUGCUGCAGAGUCCAGUGUCUACCUCGGGAUGUUUCAGGGGCAGCUCUACCUUCAGUCAUCAGUGAGGAUCUCUGGAAAGUUUCCCUCUAAAGCUAUCGAAUCGGAGAAAGAUGUAAUUUCUCUCCCCACCGUCAAAUGGAAGCCGCUUAUACAGUCCCCGUCUCGGACUCCGGCGCUGGUGGGCUCUGAUGAAUUUGACAAGUGUCUGAGUAACGACAAGUAUUCCCACGACGAAUACAGCAACGGCGCCUUGUCCGUUCUUCAGUAUCCUUACGACAACGGUUACUACUUCCCCUACAGCAAGAAUUACCGGGAGAAACGUGAAAGUGCCAUCAGUCUGAUAAAGAGAAAUGAGGCGGGCUCGGACAACCGCAGGAGGAAGGACCCUGUGCUGCUGCUGCCCUGGUGGAAGGAAAUCCUCGGCACCAUCGUCUUCUGCAUCGCUGCCACCACCUACGUCGUCCGCAGGUUCUUCCACCCGCCUGCCCCUGUGGCCUACGUCAGGCAACGGAAAGAGUCCGAGACGCAGUGCCAGACCGACAGCAAGUUUGACCUUGAAGUCGUCGAAUCCAAAGAGCCGGUUGCCGUGGAGAACCGCUUCAGCGAAUAUGUGUCCAGGUACCUAACUGACUUCGAGCCUGUGCAGUGCCUCGGCCGUGGGGGCUUCGGCGUCGUCUUUGAAGCUCGCAACAAGGUGGACGACUGCAACUACGCCAUCAAAAGGAUCCGCCUGCCCAACAGGGAGCUGGCCCGGGAGAAGGUGAUGCGAGAGGUGAAGGCCCUGGCUAAGCUGGAGCAUCCAGGGAUCAUCCGCUACUUCAACGCCUGGCAGGAGAGCCCCCCCGAGGGCUGGCAGGAGGAGAUGGACCGGAGGUGGCACAAGGACGCCAGUACCACUGACUGGCCAAUGAGCAUCCCUGACCACAUGGAGGUGCUGUCGGUCAAAGUCCCCGUGUCCAGCUCCGUGUCCCCCGCGUCCGGUCCAGACGGAGACACAUCUGUCAGCGCUCAGGCGCUCCUCUCCAACGCCGGCUUCAGUGCCGACGACGGAGACGGCGACCUGUCCUUCCAGCCGCUGCCGGGCCACGACAGCCUGAUGUCCGAGCGGGACAGCCAAGCCGACCCCGACGCCUCCGACACCCCCAACUCCUUUGAGCUGUGUCCGCCCCGCGGCCCCAGCGACUGCACCUCCUCCUCCUUCGACAUCGUCUUCGAGGACUCCGGCUGCGAUCGGGAUGCCGACGCUGACACGGACUCGGGCACGAGCGCCGCCGGUCCCGGAACGCUCACAGAGAAGAAGAGUUCUUCUUCUUCUCACAGCAGGCAGGAGGAGGCUGCGCCACCGGCUUCCUCCAGUCCUCCUCGACCGACCUCCCUCACCCUGGCUCUCCCAGCCACACAACCGAUCCAGCGCUUCCAGCCUUCCCCAAAGGUGUACCUGUACAUCCAGAUGCAGCUCUGUCGGAAGGAGAACCUCAAGGACUGGAUGGCUCAGCGGUGCCUCCCGGACCAGAGGGAGCUCAACCAGUGUCUGGACAUCUUCCUGCAGAUCGCAGAGGCCGUUGACUUCCUGCACACCAAGGGCCUGAUGCACAGAGACCUGAAGCCUUCCAACAUUUUCUUCACCAUGGACGACGUGGUGAAGGUGGGGGACUUCGGCCUGGUGACCGCCAUGGACCAGGAGGACGACGAGGAUGAGCCCAGCGCCUUGACCCCCGCCCCGCUCCUCACCCGGCACACGGGCCAGGUCGGCACCAAGCUCUACAUGAGCCCGGAGCAGCUCUCCGGUAACUCGUACUCUCACAAGGUGGACAUCUACUCGCUGGGGCUGAUCCUGUUCGAGCUGCUGUACCCCUUCAGGACCCAGAUGGAGAGAGUGAGGACGCUCACCGAGGUGAGAGCUCUGCGCUUCCCAGAACUUUUCUCCAGAAACAACGCUGAGGAGCUGAUCAUGGUGCGCAGCAUGUUGUCUCUGAGCCCCGGCGAGCGUCCCGAGGCGGCCGACAUCACUGCCAUGUCCCUGUUCCAGGAGCUGGAGCUGCCGUGCCGGCUCGCCGUCAGGCAGCGCUCCCGCACCUACAGCUCCUCCUCCAUGGGCCGCCCCGCACGCCAGGCGUCCUCCAGCUGAAAACGCUGCGUGCGACGACUGCCCGAUACGAGAAGCCCCACCCUGCCCUGUCCGGUCGCAUCGCCAUCAGAGAAUAGCAACAAAAAACUUUUUAGACGUAGACUAUAUCCCGCACAGUUAACUCUAGACAAACAUCGUGGCAUUGAUCGUUCAUGCAGCGUUAUACUACCCAGCUUUCACCCUUUAAAACGGGGGAAAGUUUCUUUCAAAAGCAUUUUUCUUGUGGUUAUUUCAAUGAAACGAAGGGCAGGUUCUUUUUUUUUUCUUCUUUUUUUUUAUCCUGCUCUCAGCCAGCUGUGUGUAAACCUGCCCAGUGAUUUCUCUGCAGCGUUUACCUCUGAUCUGUCUCUAGAAACUGCCUCUUUUCUCACUCUUAACAAAAUCAUCCUCGACACCGAUGCUAAAAAAAAAACAAAAAACAAACAGAUCCGGUCAAAACGUGCUGCUCGCUCCCAACGUUGAGCCAGUGUUCAAUCCCACACCGCUACGCCUCAGGUAUGAAGAACCAAGGGGACACUCCUCACUCCGAAGGGGCCUUUGAUGCUCGUGCGAACACCGAGUGGUGUUCCCACACACAACCUGCCUGAUUUGGAAGACCAAAAAAAAAGAAAACAUUAAAAAAAAAGAAGACAACCAUCUUUUUUUCAUAAAUUUUUUUUUAAUAAGAGAUGAUGUAUUGCAUAGAGAGGAGUUUGAGUCCCGUCCGCCAGAUGUGACUUACCUUUAGAAAGGGGCCGUCUGCCCUCUCAGGCUGAAUGCUAGCGCUAACCCUCGUGUCGUUUUGCAUGUAUCAGACAGAAACGUGAAGGAAUGAAUGUGAGGUUGUUGUUUUUAUCUUAAAGCCAGUACUUUUUUCUCUGUAUAAAUUUUCCAGAUUAACUCCCGAGGUGCUCAAUCCUUUUCUAGCACCUCUUCUUUUCCAUUUGUACAUAGUUGAAGGCAAAACUUUGUUUAUACCCCUUUUUUCCCCCGCUUUGGUUAAGAUAAGUUUGACCAAUGUUGUACAUAUCGUAAUAUCAUUGCUUGUAAAAGGCUUUUUUUUUUUUUCAUAUUGACCUGUAAGAUAGUGUGAUAUACUGUGAGAGACGAAAACAAAGAGGAGGUUCGCUCUUUGCCGUUAAUGGAUAGCUGAAUGUUACAGUGUGACCCCCCCCCCGCCUGGAGACCAGACCACGGUGGUCACCUCUAUGAAAUUAUUCUCAGUGUUUGUUUUCACAUGUUUUUGGGGAACCAAGUGGAGGGCGUUGCCUUGCUUUGGAAAGAGAAGAAAAAAAAAACACCAGAGGGAAGCUUGCAGGACCCGGAGUGCCAUUUGGAAAGACAGCUAAGUGUACUUUUCUGCAACCGAUAACACACCUCUGAUUAUGGAUGAUUCAACAGCCUUCUGCUGGCGAUUCCCCCCCCCCUGAAACGCACAAAACUAAAACUUUUUUAUGGUUACAGUAAUAAAGGAAAUUGUUUGUUUUUUGUAGAGAUGCACCGCUAAAUUUUCAGUUCGACGGGCAAAUACAAAUCUCAAACAUCUGGUAUUCUUCCGAUGUGUGAACACACCAUACACAAGAAUUGUCAGCUAGUGAUAACAGUUCUCAGUGUGGAUGUUGUUACUGUGUGAAGAAGACCUAAGGUUUGUCAUUUCCAGUAUCGGUGAAAGCGUUUCAAGGUUCGGCUGCUACAACAGAGCUAGACUUCAAUGAGUUCUGGUCAUUGACUUUUGUUUAGCCCGUUUUGUAGCGAACGUUUUCAGCUGUGAAAAUAGUGGCCUGCCAAAAUGACGGCAACAUGUACCCACCUUUUAAAUUUGCCCGCUGGAACAAAAAAAGUCUGACCAACCUAUCCCCAUUUUGAAAAGGUCUGAUGUGUAGGAGCUGCUGAUGGGUACACUUUGUAUUCCAAAAUCAGAUUUUCCAAGUUCACAGUCAAAAAUACAACAAUAAGUCAGCCUAAAAUCCAAAUAAAACCUUCUGAUGAAGACCACAUGAGUUUUUGGAUCUCAUUAAGCUCAUAGCAUAUUUACUAUAAAUUUGAACAACUUGUAAGCAUGUACCUGUACUGUUUAAGUGCAUCAAAUGGAGGAAAAAUACAUUAUUAGCAUUUACAGCUCUCUACAGCUAGCCUGCGUAGCUAGCUGUAGUUGCACAUGCCACACUUAGCUUUAACGUCCUUCCUAAAUCUGAUCUUUUUUACUUUCAAUAUAGACUGAGCACUGAUCAGAUAUAACAUACACGAGAAAACAACAGAGGUGGUUGUUUUAAAUCUAACAGAAAAAUACAUUAUUAGCGUAUAGGAGCUAACUAUAGCUAGCAUCAUGGCAAUUAGCAACUCCAACUGAUGUCCAACUUGAAUUCCACACUUGGCUGCAACGUCUUUCCGAAAUGUAAUAUUUGAUGUUCAUACAGAGUGAACACUGACCUGAUAUAAAAUAUGGGGGGAAAUAGUGGAGUUAAUUGUUUUAAAUCAAACUUUAAAACAACUAACUUUGGGCUAACAACAGCUAGCAUCAUGAUAGUCAUUUUUACUGACGUGUGGCUAAAAUGCUUUUGAUCCGUUACUUUCAAUAAAGAUUGAAAACUGACCUGAUAUAAAAUAUAGGGCAAAGUAAUGGAGUUUAAAUUCAACAGAAAAUGAAGGAUAGUCCCCAUUUAUUAAUUGAAGCAUAUGUUUAUGACCUUCAUUCGAUUUUGAUUAAUUUUUCAUAUUGCACUUUGAAAAUGAGGAUAAAUGUUAGUUGAUGCAUUUGCAAACCUAAAGUAGUGUAAUCUUUGCAGUUUUGAUGCAUUUAAUAAAUGGCGUAAAAAGAAACCUGAAUAAAUCUGUGCUCAGAUCGGUGCAUCGCUGCAAAAAAAACACACACACAAAAACAGAAGUUGAGUUCUGCAGCUUUCCUGUGUCACAACAAUACAGCAUUUCCAUAAAAAGAGUUGGUUGGUACUGUUUUAUCCCCUCUGCUGUGUCUGUGGGGGACCUGGACCUGAUGACGGUUGUGUAAUCCACAUGGCCUUUGUUUUAAUGCGCUGGAAGAGUCACAUGACCUGAUUUUUGGAACUACACACACAAACUGUUAGCUGUAGGUUGUGCUUUCUAUGAUUGUACUUUUCUAAACACCUCUUUUUUCACAAUGAGUGCAGUUUUUAUUAUUAUUGUCAUUCUGCAGGGUUUUUAGAUCACGUUAGUCUUGACUGUGUCAGACGGAGGAAGUCAAACUGAUGGUUUUUGUUCGUUCAUCUGGUCAGUUUACACACGAUGAUUCAGAGUUGUAAAAUUAUCACUGUUUCCAAAUUUAAAGAAGGCCCACCCUGUUAAAAGUGGAAGCUGGGUGGAUUUUAAGUGAUUUCGCCUCGUCAAAACCAAACCCUCCUGGUGUUGUUUUUGUAUGUUACUUUAAUCCUUUUCUGACAUUUUUAAAAAAAAAAUAGAAAUAUUGUUGCAAUUUUUCUCUUUGAUUACUGGUUUAUAUUUCACGAGAGGGUUUGGAAUAAUCAUUCCUCAGGAGUUUUUGUUUCCAGAAUGAAUUUUGCUCCAAAUACAUGUUGGAUAACGGGACAAACCUUCACAACUGUAUUCGACUACAUUAGUAAAAUACCGCAUCAUCUUUGUAUACCGACUGCAGCAUUGCUGAUUGGUGGAUUAACAGUCAUACCCAGAAAAUGUGAUCCCAUCCUAAGUUUUCCGUCCUCGUUUGUUUUCCGUAAACCCGAGUAGUUUUCUCGGAUAAAUUGUUCGAAUGGAAACCACUUCCACUGCGCGUCUCGAGCCUCUGCCUGCACACGCAGACGCUUUGGUCUCUGUGCACCAAUCCCAUUUCUCCAUCUGUCCAUGUUGAACUGUAAAUAUGUCGAUUUGGUUUAUUUAUGUUUCGUGGGCGUGAUCAAUCCUUUGUGGGUUGGCGUUACACUGAGCGCUUCAUGCCAUGGAGCGCAUUGGAAUACGACUUCUUAUAAGUCUGAAUUUAAUAAACUGUUCUAUACAAUUUUCA